UCCGGGGGCGGGGCUCCAGCCGGAAGCGCAUGGCGGAGCGCGGCUGGGAGAAGCUACUCGCGCGGGAAGCGCGCGGCGGCUUCCGGAGUAGCGUGUCCCGCGGCCUACUUCCGGUACGGAGCCCGAGGCGGCUGGGCGCCCCGGAAGCCGGGGCUCGAAGCCCCCUGCCGCUGCCUUCACGGAGGGCGGCCCCUCCCCACCCCCGGGCCCCCCCUGCGCCGUCCGGGGGCCAUGGCGGGACGGGCACAGGAGCUGGUGACCUUCGAGGACGUUGCUGUCUAUCUGAACCGUGCAGAGUGGGAAACAACAGAGGAGUGGCAGAGGGAGCUGUACCGCGGUGUCAUGGUGGCGAAUUACGAGCUCCUGACUUCUUUGGGCUACCCAGGCCCCAAACCUGAUAUUUUAUAUCGGAUGGAGCGUGGGGAAGAGCCGUGGGUCUCCACCCCGCAGAGCCCAGUGAUGUGGGAUGGACCCAACAGCCCCUCUCCAGGGGCUGGUGCGAACGUGAGCUGGCUGGUGGAGCAUCCCGCAGGCUGGCGGGCUGGUGCUGACAGGCACCAUGUCCUGGAGGAGAGAAUGGAGACCCUGCACCAAGGUGGGCGGUGUAUGCAGUGGCGUCUCCGUUCCAGGAGACUGCUGAACAAGUUCAAAUGUGUCAGUGGUGGGAGUCAGGUGGAGACAGUGGCAACCAACGGAGGAAUGGUGCUAACUGAAAGUCAAGACCAAGAAAGGACAGGAUCCUCACCCGGGAAGGAAGCAGAAGUAGCAGAAGAACAAGAGGUUCAGCCAAACCAAAACCAAAGCACAGGACUCCAACUUCAUCCAAUGAUGGCAAAACAGAACAAAAAUCCAGAUUCUCAGGAAUGCGUGUGCGGUGACCCUAAGGAGAAGCUUCAAGGCAGCGUCCAGAAAAGACCAUACACCUCCGAAGAAAUGAGGCUUUGCCUUGAAAACAAGAAACAGAAGAUUGAGGGUCUAAAUGAUAUUAUUUUGAAAGACCACUGUUAUUGUGCAAGGAAUAAGACACAAUUUUUGAGUAGCACUCUAUUCCUACAUGUUCUGGGAGACCACAGCUACUGCAGAAAUGGCAAGGAUGUUAUUACAGCGCUUACAGACCAUGAAUAUUGUCAGAUACAAAGAAGUAAUUGUCAGGCACAGAGGAGGGGCUCUCAGGACAGAGUUUAUAAAGGUGCUGGUUCUGCUGCUAAGUCUUGUGCCAUGAUUCACAGGCUGGUAAAGCGAAAAUCACAGUCACAAAUAGGACGACUGAUCAGGAAAGCUAAGCAAAUUUUGUCGCGUUACAAGCGUUUUGUCAGCAAGAGGUUACGCUUUCCUCCAGGCUCCUCAAGCACAGGCUGUUUUUCUGAACCUGCUGGGUCAGCGGCUGUGUCUCCUGCUAGGGCAGAAGACAACCCCAUGGAGAGGACUUUUGUGGCAUUUUGCCCUCCUGUGGAGCAGGAGACUGUUCCCCCACAGUCUCAGAAUGAGGAUAACCCCCAAGAGAGGCCACUGGAAUCACUCCAUGCCCCAGCGGGAUCAUUUGAAUCUACAGCUGCACUCUCACCUUCAAGUGCAGUUGCAGAGGUGAAGGAGGAAGUAGCAGGAUCUGUGACUUACGUGGAACAUGUGCAGCAGUGGGUGUGCCCGAUCCAGAGAUUUGAGGCUAAGCGAAACGUUGAAGGCUGCAGAUUUCUUAAUUCAGAACAUGUAUCACUACAUGAUGCUUAUGAGAUGGUUAUGCGGACUGUAGAUCAAAUGUUAGACCGUGUAUGCCAGACAUUUGAAUUUGGUGGCUAUGCUCAGUGUAAGGAUGUCUGGCCCAUAGUUAUUCAGAUAGACAGUUGAUGACCAGAAAAAAAAAAAAAAAAAAAAGACAGCUGCUCUUAAUACCAUCAAGAUGAACAGUAAGGACUUUUUCCCUGUUGCACAACCUCCUAAGGUGAUUUAAACAAAAGAAACUGAAACGCACACUAAGGGAAAUUAGUGCAUAAAGGGGUACAGAACUUAUUCUGCAGUGCCUGCUGGGGGAAAUGUGAUUGUGUGGGCCUUGUGAGAUGCUUAGGAAAAAAGGCCAAAAGCAGGGAAAGGGAAGGAUCAAUGUGGAUAAAAGAGGAACAAGUAUGUGGAAAAUGAAGAGAAGACGGAAUAAAGGGCAGUUGCAUGUAAGCAGCCUGGUCAGUACAUUUUUCUGGCCAAGCCGUUCCUGAUCACUGUGGUCAUUUCCGUCCUGUCAUUAAGCUCUAUGUCAGCUGUUUUCUGCAUGGGCAUGCUCUCUAGUCUGUCCAUCUGGGUGUGAGAUAUGCUAGCAAACAUAAGGAGUAGCUGCUCAUUUCGAUGUGUCCAGGCAGGGAAGAAUCCUCCUGGGUUCUCCAGGGUACUGUAUGCAGCUAUCCCUAAUGCUUAGCUCUGCCCUGAUGCAGUCAGCAUGCACAGCUCUCUGUAUGUUCCCGCUAUUUAUUUAAGCAGUAUGAAUGAAGGAAAGUUUUUAGAAUGGGUCAAUACUCUCCUAUAAUAUUAAAGGGAAUUUUUUUUU